AAGAGGGAGGUGUUUUGAUCUGCUGUUGCUGGAGAAAAUCCACUCCAGACACAUAGAUUUCCUCCAGAUCGACCAGGAGGCAACUUUAAAACCUCCAGCCGACAAAGUUUCCUUCUGCUCUCCACGCUGACUUUGACAUCAGAGAGGAGCAAGCUCUCAAGACUCAUCCUUUUGUUCUCUGAAUUCCCUUUGAUGUCUCCUGAGACUUCUUAAGGACCUCCAGAGGAAACUGUGCAUCUGCAGGUCAGAUGUUUGUGAUUUGGGGUCUACAUUUAGUUUGAUAUUCAGGGGUAUUUCUUGGAGUACGUUUGGUCUGUUUCCUCCCAGCCUGCGUUGUACUUUCAUUGGAGAAAUGAGGGCUGAGGUGCUGGUCGUCUGGGCAGCUGUGAUCCUGUGCUGCGCUCUGGUGUGUGCUCGAGAAGAUGUCAAGGAAAUCAAAGUCUCCAGGGACCAGAUUCAGGUGCGAGAAACCCGAGGACUGGUCAUGCCCAUGAGACAGGGGGAAGAAGGAGGUGUUGAAAUGUCAGAUGAUCCUGCUGAGGUGGUGGAAGAGGAGACCAAAAAACCAAAGAAAAAGAAAACACCCGAGGAAAUUGAGGCAGCCAAGGCAAAGAAAGCAGCAGAGAAGAAAGCCAAGGCAAAGAAGCAGAAAGCUCCUAAACCAACCAAAAAGCCAAAAGCACCAAAACCCACCAAAAAACCCAAAGCACCAAAACCCACAAAGAAGCCAAAGGCCCCCAAAGGCACCAAGAAGCUAAAGAUGACGACCACGGUGCAGCCGGACACCAAGCCAUCCUCUGUGGACGAGGAGGAGGAGAGGCUGCUGAUUGGACUGGGCUGGGGAACGGUGAAACGACCUGCUGUGACCCCAAUGACGCCUGCAGAGAAAGAGCCAGAGGAGCCGGGCCUGGAUGUGCGGCCUGUUGGAUAUCCUGAUGACAAAAAAGCCACAACUACUGAGGUCAUCAUGUUUAUACCAGAGGAAACCACCAGUGUCCCAUUUGUCGUCCCCUGGUAUGAAGAGUAUGAUUACGCUGACUUGGCUGCUAAGAGACAAGAAGAAGAGGAGGAUAAAGCUCGCAAAGAAAAGGCAGAAAAAGCUGAGCGGCUGAGGAAGAAGUGGGAGGAGGAAGAGGAGGAGCGACUGAAGCAGAUUUCAGAGCCUGUGGAACCAAAAAAGUGUCCUCCUCUUGGCCUGGAGUCUCACCGGGUGGAGGACGACCAGCUGCUGGCGUCCUCUCAGUCUCACUACGGCUUCACGGCUCAGAGGGGACGACUCAACAUGCAGGGCUCUGAUAAUGAGGACGAUCUGUUCGGAGGUGCGUGGUGCGCGGAGCCGGAAGAGAAGGUCCACUGGUUUGAGGUGGAUGCCCGCCGAGAGGUGGAGUUCACCGGGAUCAUCACUCAGGGGAGAAACUCAGACCAACUGGAGGAUUUCGUCUCCUCCUAUUUUGUGUCCUUCAGUAACGACAGCCGUGACUGGACUAUACUUCAUGAUGGCUACGCUGAAUGGUUGUUCUACGGGAAUGUGGAUAAGGACACGCCGGUGCUGAGUCAGUUUUCUACGCCCGUGGUGGCGCGGUACAUCCGCAUCCUGCCGCAGAGCUGGAACGGCAGCUUGUGUCUCAGAGCGGAGGUCCUGGCCUGCCAACUACCCAGCAGCUACCGCAGUGAGAAUGAAGUGAACUCCUCAGACGAAUUGGACUUCAGACACCACAACUACAAGGACAUGAGACAGAUGAUGAAGGUGAUCAACGAAGAGUGCCCUAACAUCACCAGGAUCUACAACAUUGGUAAAAGCUCGCAGGGCCUGAAGAUGUACGCCAUGGAGAUCUCUGACAACCCAGGAGAGCACGAGACAGGUGAGCCUGAAUUUCGGUACACAGCUGGUCUCCAUGGUAACGAGGCGCUGGGUCGUGAGCUUCUUCUCCUGCUGAUGCAGUUCCUGUGCAAGGAGUACAAUGAUGACAACCCCAGAGUGCGCCGCCUGGUGGACGGAGUGAGAAUACACCUGGUGCCUUCACUCAACCCUGAUGCUUACGAACUGGCCUACGAGAUGGUAUGA